UGUAUAAUUUAUAUCGCUUAUGCUCAUUUACUAUUUAAGAUGAAUAUUUAAAUGAAUAAAGAUCAGUUUACAACUUGUUAGCAUACAAAUCAGAUUUGAAAACUUUCUAUGCACAAGUGUUUGCAUGUUGACUGAAUGCAAUUUAUUAUAAAAUUGUUUGCACAGUGUUUAUAUCUCCAUGAUAAUGUACUAGACUGUUCUUUGUAUUGCUCGUAUGUGAUGUUUUAUCACAAAGGAACGAGUAACUGAAUAAUUAAAGGACACUGAAAAAAGGGACAACGGCAAUCUAUAUAGUUCAGAUUAUAGGUUUAGUUGUGUAUAUCGAUGAUAUAGUUGACUUAUUAAGAGAAUGAAAGAACAGCUUUAUUAUAAAAGUUAUCAAGGAAUUUAAUUCAACAAAUAAAUAUGAAGAUUAAUGUUUGCAAUAAUCAUUUUGAAGAAGAGAAAAUAUGAAGAACUAAGGUUUCAAAGGAGAACAUGGAGUACCGGUAGGCCGAUACACCUAGCUGACAAAAAGAAGAAAGGCUAGCGUAAAUUACUAAAUUUUACACAGACGCUUUUCAUUUAACAGCAUCAGCGUGGAGAUGUGUUUAUUUAUAUGAAAUCUUACAAUUUUGAGAAGGGUGAAGUUGUUCUCUCUCAUUAAUAGUCAACAGCAGGUUUAAAAUUGACAGUAAUCAGAAGCGAUCAUGAGGCAACAUAACAAGGAAGUAUCAUAAACUCAGUGAAAAUGAUAUCGGGGACCAAUUUCUUAUCUAUCGUUUUCAUGAUGUGGCACAUUGAUGCCAGAAUAAUAACAUACCAAACUGGGGUCGAUUUCGUUGAUGAUUAUUACGAAUGUGGCGAGAAACUAGUGCUUUCUUGCAAAAUUGAUAGAUAUCAAUAUUCAAUGUCAUGGCAAAAUGAUAGCAGCGAUGUUCCAUUCGCACAAUGUGUAAAUGAUGUUUGUACAUUAGACCAUGGUGUGGCAGACAAAUUUGUGUUUUCAACUGACACAAGUACAGGAACGUUCAAUUUGACAUUUGUUGUAUCAAUUUACAAUAAUGGAACAAAAUAUACCUGUAGUGAUGGUUCAACAAAGUACUCGACCCUUGUUUUAACGAAAGAUUACAGACCUACUUUAAAGAAAAUAGCGCAAGGUCAAUUGAAAGCGAUGUCUGGCUGCGUAAAUCCAACAAUAAGUGUUAAGUUCUUUUGGAAAAUAGUACAGGCUGUCACGAUGAUAGAAACCUAUUUCAGUCCGACAUACGUAGAUGACUAUCAAGCCAUAAACAAAAAAGCGUGCGAAUUAGAUGUAGAAUGUGGUGUAAUUGAUUCAAUACAGCAUGUAAGGUCGAUAGAAGCAGAGCCCGGAGGUUCCAAAGAUUACUUUUUAAAAGUGAUUGUGUCCUAUGAUGGGUUUACUGUAGAAUCAUCUCCUACAGAUGAAACAUACAAAAUAGGAGCAUCGAAACGAACAACUAUAAGAAAUGCAACGAAUGGUCCUGCUGUUUUUGUCACAGAAACAACACCACUUGCAACUGAAUUCAUGUCAAAUUACACACAAACGACGUCUAUACAUAAACAUGACUCGCAAAAUCAGAGUGACAUGAAAUAUAUUCCAUUAUUCAUAGGGGGAGGAAUCAUUUUACUAAUAUUGUGCUUGACAGUGUUAAUUUGUAUUUAUCUGUGCAGACGCCAUUACCAAUAUUAAUUUGGUCGAAAUAAGGCUACAUGUACAGACAGGUUAUUAAGUUGUAUAAAGUUAGUUUAAAUAAAGUUAAUUUGAAUGUAAGAAAUGUGAAAAUAUUGAUACGAUGACACUUGGAGUAGCUUCGAUACUUUUGAAUUUACAAUUACUGGUCAACCAUUGUCAUGGAUUGUUUAUUUUCCAACUGUUUUUACCGUUUAUUUAUUAAGUAAUGAUUAGAAAUCGCUUUAACCCUUUACCUCAUAUAUACGCGAAACAACGCACUUUCGACCCCCCCCCCCCCCCUUUUUUAGGCCUCAAAUAGUGAAAAAAUGUCACACAUGUUUUCGUUUGAGAAAUGUUGCUAAAAAAAUGAGCACUUUUUCGGCGCCGCCCCCCAUGCAAAAGAUACAUCAGGGGGUUGCCAGAAGGGAGAUAUGCCCCCUUCUGUUAGGGGGGUUUGAAGGGGGGCUGAGUCCCCCUCAUCGCCAAUAAAAUUUUGGACUUGUGAGAGGCUAAAAAUGACCCCAAGUCGAUCAUAAUGUAACGUGUAACCAACGCUGAAAAGCCUUUGACUCUAUCUCAAUCCCUUGAUAAGUUGCAGCACUUUGAAAUAAAUUUUGAUGGAAAAAAUCGAGGCAAAAUAGUGAUUUUUGGCAAUUUUGAGAUGUCCCCUCGUUGCCAUGGUAACAGGAAAUUUAAGACUGAGCAUGUCGUUACAAAGGCAAUGGUCCAGUCAACAUUUGUGCCAAGUUUGAUUAGUAUUGAAGCAUUUUUCAUAGUUUCAUAGCAGUUUGAACUUGUAACAGGAGGCUUUUCUGUGAAAACGGCCAUUUUUCACAAUAUGCUCAUGGGGGAAAGGGUUAACUAAAAAAAUAUAAAUGUUACAAAACAACAACUUUUCACCAAAAUUAGGUAUAAGACCACAUGUAAACAUGAAAAAACUAGUUUUUAGGUGAUUCUAAAGUUUUUCAUCAUUUUUUGUUAACCCUUUACCUCAUAUAUACGCGAAACAACGCACUUUCGACACCCCACCCCCCCUUUUUAGGCCUCAAAUAGUGAAAAAAUGUCCUAUUUUGGCCCCAAACACAUGUUUUCGUUUGAGAAAUGUUGCUAAAAAAAUGAGCACUUUUUCGGCGCCGCCCCCCAUCCAAAAUAUACAUCAGGGGGUUGCCAGAAGGGGGAUAUGCCCCCUUCUGUUAGGGGGAUUUGAAGGGGGGCGGAGUCCCCCUCAUCGCCAAGAAAAUUUUGGACUUGUGAGAGGCUAAAAAUGACCCCAGGUCGAUCAUAAUGUAACGUGUAACCAACGCUGAAAAGCCUUUGACUCUAUCUCAAUCCCUUGAGAAGUUGCAGCACUUUGAAAUACAUUUUGAUGGAAAAAAUCGAGGCAAAAUAGUGAUUUUUGGCAAUUUUGAGAUGUCCCCUCGUUGCCAUGGUAACAGGAAAUUUAAGACUGAGCAUGUCGUUACAAAGGCAAUGGUCCAGUCAACAUUUGUGCCAAGUUUGAUUAGUAUUGAAGCAUUUUUCAUAGUUUCAUAGCAGUUUGAACUUGUAACAGGAGGCUUUUCAGUGAAAACGGCCAUUUUUCACAAUAUGCUCAUGGGGGAAAGGGUUAA